AUGGGCCUCAUCAAGACUGGAAUCCAACUCGCCGGGGCUUACGGCCUCCUCAAAGUCUCCUCAAAAGCUGCGAAUGAUUUUCAAGAAAAGAAGCAACAAACUCAAGCGCGCCAAUGCCAAUGCCAUCAUCAUCACCCCGACCACCACCCCCAACAAUACCAACAAUCACAUUAUGCAUACGACCACCGCAUGAACUACAACCCUGGCUCUGUUUCAUACCGCCAUUAUCCUCACUAUGCACCCUACAACUCCACUCCUUAUCCCUCGCAUCAAACUAUGCCAACGGCACAAUAUGAAGGGUCAAUGCCGCCGACCGCGCAUCACCCUCAGACACAAUCCCAGCCCGCAGAACUACCGUGAU